AUGGGCAAGGCCUACCAAGGCAAACAUGUCCUAUGCUCAAGAUCAAGGGCUAGCAUGUUCAUGUCAUAUGGCAAAGCCCACAUGAUCACCCACUACCAUGCCCAUGAUGGGGUGAUUGUGGAUCAUGAAGAAAACUAUGGAACAUGGAACAUGGAGCCCAAAACUCGAAGGGAAAAAUCAGAUUACUUGUUGGAUGACCCGAAAUUUUCCGCUCCAAUAGUGGCCUUAUCGAUUGUGUGCACUAACAACAAGUGCAAUUGCAGCACACUUGGGCUACAAGGAAACAGUAAGCAGCUGGAGCCAGUUAAAGAGGUUGCAGUGGUAUCAGGUACUGGGAAAUUUGCUACGCUUGAGAAGUAUUUCUUAGACAAUCCAAUUGGCUACUCAGUUGUAAAAUGGAACGUUACAGUGCAACAUUAUUAG